GCUGCCAUGCUACUGCUUAAGUUGUCCACGCCGGCUUCUCUGUCUCCCGGCGCUGCUGCUCUGCUCAGCUGAGCGCUUUGUCAACAACACGGCAUGCGAUUGUCGAACGGAUCGCAGACAUUUCGAAGAGAUUCCGAGGGGUUCCUUGGGCGAGGAGAGGGACCCAACGAGAGCGAGCCGUUCUUGUUCCAGCAAGGUGAAAAUGACCACGAUCAUCCCGCGGAGGAGCUAUCGGUGCAUCGUAUACAAGUACUGGCGAGAAGAUGCGCGUUUCCGUUUGCAAGAAGGAUACCACGGGUCACGAAAAGGCGAACGGGUCAGGUCCUCUUGCUACUCUGGCUCUGCUGGAUUGUUGCUGCCUGCAUAGAAUGGCGAGCUCAGCACAAUUUACGCCGCAGUCGAAAACAGCUGGUUGCUUUCUUGCAAGAAACAACGUUUUACGUGGUGGAGGAAGGGAGACUUUCUGAGAGUUGGCAGUCGCCACUGCAGCGAAGAUUAACGCCGCAAGUGGAUGGUGAACCUGUCGUUGAGGGGGAAGCAAGACAUGGCGAAGAAGAAUCAGACCGACAAGAACACAGCAGUAACAGCAGUCCAGUCGGUGUUGACCGUGACCUGGGACGAAUACGCGGAGAGUUUGCUUCGGCAGGGUAUGGGGACAAAGAGGAAAUGCCGUCGGACGGUUUCUCAGGGCGAUCGCAGGCUUCAAGGCAACACCGAGAACCUGUGGAUGAGUGGUUGCGACAACGUCGCUUGAGAUCUCAGGCCUCUGCUGAAGGUCAUGAGUCCUGCCCGCUAAUCUACACGGUGGAUGCCAAGACCGCAAAAAAGCACGGCCUCCUCUUGUUCCAGGAGGAGCUCGAGUUGCUGGGAACUGUCACGGCGCGACUGUGCCGUUGCCUCUGCCAUUCCCCCGUUGCGCAUACCCAAGACCACCCACAGGGCCAGAGAAGAACUGCGUUUGCAGCAGCAAGCGAUAACCGGCACAAGAGCGCCGAGGCUGAGCGACCGCACCGUAGGCUUGGGGUGUGCGAAGGGGAAGCUCAUGCACUGAUGUUGGAAGAGAUGCUGAAGGGGGCCAACGUUGUCAUCUCCGGAGACUCAGGUUGGUUCUACAGAUGGUUCGAAAGUAUGCAGGACGCCUAUGCAAGAACAUGCAGCCAUUUCUCCACCCGCUCCACUCUGGGGAUUCCCGAAGGAACCGUUCUGCGAACCGUGUUGACAGGGACUGAUAUGUACGAGGACAGCUGGUUUCAACUGGAGGGUGCUGCAUGGCGUCCUUUCCGACAUCCCAUCGACGCUGUCAGGCAUGGCUUCAACUUCAUGCAGUACAAAUUGCGUCAAUCCCAAGUGGGCCCACUGGGCAAAUCAACCCACACGGAUCUUCAUCCAAUGAUGGUAACGUUUGAUGGGUGCGUCAGAAGCAACGACGCGCAGAGUGCCGGAGAUGAUCCUCCUCACGGUGGCCGGUUGCUGAUUAUCCCUGAGGAUGUAUAGCAGGAACAUCCGAUCCUGUACUCGCAUGCGGUGUUGUACACAGUAGGUCGUUGAUGUACGGACAUACAAGAGUUGUGGCGUACGCUCGGGAACGAAUGUGUCUCGUCGGCAAGGUUCGAGAAUAGUGGCCUUCACGCGUUGUGUUGAUGGCGAGGAGCCUGAUCAGUGCUUCACUGGAUUCUCCAAAGGUUGCACCGUGCCAAUGGCAUGCGCGUAAGCGCAAGAGGGGAGUCUGGACAUGGCCUCAUGCUCAUGUAGACUCACUGUACAUACUAUGCACCGAGCUGUCUUGAAGAAUUGAAGAUUCAUGUACCACACCAGUUUUCUUUUUCGUCUCGCAGCGGCAAGCAUCGCCUAAAUCGAUACCGAGGAUAUUUAGUGUUGCCGCUGCACAUCCUUACUCACAUACAAAAUGUCAUACCAUUGGUCGGGGGCUGCAGUUUUCCAAAGAAUCUAAGCUCCUUGCCAGACGAAGGGUGGAUUGGAUUCAGUAUGAAAAGUUUCUGGAAGGCCCUUUGCAUACUGAAGAAGCCAAGUGAGCAGCAAAUUUUCCAGUACCUUCCAUGUACAGUUAUACGACCUAGGGGGCACGCGGGUUGCAAGAUGUGUACGGCAAGUCGGAAACCCAGGACAGGCAUAUCACACAGCGUACC